UGCAAAAGGAAAAAAAAAAAAAAAAAGAUCACAACCAAUUUUAUUUUAAAAAAUCAAAAUUAAAAAAAAAGUUGAUAAUGAUUUGAUGUAUGGAAUGGAUUGGAGGUUUUCAACACAAAACAAAACAAAAAACAUGCUCUGAUAUUCUGUCUGGUAUUUAGGGUCUUUCUCUUUUUCUCGUCCUACAAUCCCAAUCCCAAUAUUCCCAUUUCUCUCUCUCUUUGCUUCUGCCCUUCCUCUUCUUCUUCUUAACCUCUGAACGCUUCUUAUCAUACUUCAGAGCUUUCUCUGAAAACACCCUCUUCAAUUCAUUCCACAAAGGGCUUAACUUUUUCUUUUUUGAAUAUCUUUAUAAUUUCUGGACUCUCUGUGCGUUUGAGCUGAAGGGGUUGGAGAAUCUGCUUCCAAAGCUUCAUGUUAUUGAUUUGAGGCAGAAGGGGCGGCGACCCGAUCUGCGCAGUGUUUCGUGAAACGAAGUGAUGAUGGCGGUAACUUCGGCCUGCAAGGAUGGGGGAAGCAAGAUGGCAAUGGACAACGGCAAGUACGUUAGGUACACACCGGAGCAGGUGGAAGCGCUUGAGAGACUCUACCAUGAAUGUCCUAAGCCAAGCUCUAUGCGCCGCCAACAGUUGAUCAGGGAAUGCCCUAUUCUCUCCAACAUAGAGCCCAAGCAGAUCAAAGUUUGGUUUCAAAAUCGACGAUGUAGAGAGAAGCAGCGAAAAGAGGCAUCGCGGCUUCAAGCUGUGAAUAGGAAGUUGACGGCGAUGAAUAAGUUGCUGAUGGAAGAGAAUGAUAGAUUGCAAAAGCAGGUGUCUCAGCUGGUCUAUGAGAACAGUUAUUUCCGCCAACAGACACAAAAUGCCACCAACCUUGCCACCACAGACACAAGCUGUGAAUCAGUGGUGACCAGUGGUCAGCACCAUUUGACUCCUCAGCGUCCACCAAGGGAUGCCAGCCCCGCAGGACUUUUGUCCAUUGCAGAGGAGACUUUAGCAGAGUUUCUAUCAAAGGCCACAGGAACUGCUGUCGAGUGGGUCCAAAUGCCUGGGAUGAAGCCUGGUCCGGAUUCCAUUGGAAUCGUUGCUAUUUCUCAUGGUUGCCCUGGUGUGGCAGCACGUGCAUGCGGCCUUGUGGGUCUAGAACCUACCAGAGUUGCCGAAAUCCUUAAAGAUCGGCCAUCGUGGUUUCGUGAUUGCCGAGCUGUGGAUGUUCUAAAUGCAUUGUCCACUGGAAAUGGUGGAACAAUUGAACUGCUUUACAUGCAGCUUUAUGCACCUACAACUUUGGCGCCAGCUCGCGACUUCUGGUUACUGCGCUACACUUCUGUUUUGGAGGAUGGCAGUCUUGUGGUCUGUGAGAGAUCAUUAAACAACACUCAGAAUGGUCCAAGUAUGCCACCUACACAGCAUUUUGUGAGGGCAGAAAUGCUACCUAGUGGAUAUCUAAUUAGACCUUGUGAAGGAGGUGGAUCAAUUAUUCAUAUAGUUGAUCAUAUGGACCUAGAGCCCUGGAGUGUGCCUGAAGUGUUGCGCCCACUUUACGAGUCACCAACAUUACUAGCUCAGAAGACAACAAUGGCGGCUUUACGACAUUUGAGGCAAAUUUCUCAUGAAGUUUCUCAGCCAAAUGCCUCUGGCUGGGGGAGAAGACCUGCCGCUUUACGUGCACUUAGUCAGCGACUAAGCAAGGGCUUUAACGAAGCUGUUAAUGGGUUUACUGAUGAUGGGUGGUCUAUGUUGGAAAGUGAUGGCAUUGAUGAUGUUACAGUUCUUGUGAACUCAUCUCCUGGCAAAAUGAUGGGUCUGAAUAUCUCUUAUGCUAAUGGAUUUCCAUCUAUGAGCAAUGGUGUGCUUUGUGCAAAAGCAUCCAUGUUGUUACAGAAUGUGCCUCCAGCAAUACUCCUUAGGUUCCUGCGUGAACAUCGAUCAGAAUGGGCAGACAGUGGUAUAGAUGCUUAUGCAGCUGCUGCUGUUAAAGCUGGUCCCUGUACCUUGCCAGUGUCUCGAGCUGGAAAUUUCGGGGGUCAAGUUAUUCUUCCAUUGGCUCACACUAUUGAGCAUGAAGAGUUUAUGGAGGUAAUUAAACUUGAAAAUAUGGGAUAUCGGGAGGACAUGAUGAUGCCUGGUGACAUCUUCCUCUUACAACUUUGUAGCGGAGUAGAUGAGAAUGCUGUUGGUACCUGUGCUGAACUCAUCUUUGCUCCUAUUGAUGCCUCUUUUUCGGAUGAUGCACCUAUUAUUCCUUCAGGGUUCCGCAUCAUUCCUCUUGAUUCCAGGAUGGAUGCUACAAGCCCAAACCGGACACUUGACCUUGCCUCUGCUCUUGACGUUGGACCUGCUGGAAAUAAAGCAUCUGGUGAUUUUUCAGGCCAUUGUGGGAGCUCAAAAUCAGUGAUGACAAUAGCAUUCCAAUUUGCAUUCGAACUCCACCUUCAAGAAAAUGUAGCAUCCAUGGCUCGGCAGUAUGUCCGCAGCGUUAUUGCCUCUGUUCAAAGGGUGGCAUUGGCCCUCUCUCCUUCUCGUUUUGGUUCCCAUGCUGGUCUUCGGCCGCCACCUGGCACUCCAGAAGCGCACACACUUGCUCGUUGGAUAUGUCAAAGCUAUAGGUGCUAUCUAGGCGUGGAACUACUCAAAAGUGAAGGAAGUGAAUCCAUUCUGAAAUCACUUUGGCAUCACUCUGAUGCUGUUAUGUGCUGCUCUUUGAAGGCUCUGCCAGUUUUUACAUUUGCAAAUCAGGCAGGACUCGACAUGCUUGAGACAACUUUGGUUGCUCUUCAAGACAUCACUUUGGAAAAGAUAUUUGAUGACAAUGGAAGGAAAACUUUAUGCUCAGAGUUCCCGCAAAUAAUGCAGCAGGGCUUUAUGUGCCUACAGGGUGGUAUCUGCCUGUCAAGUAUGGGAAGGCCAAUUUCCUAUGAAAGAGCAGUAGCAUGGAAAGUGUUAAACGAAGAGGAGACUGCUCACUGCAUUUGCUUCAUGUUCAUUAACUGGUCUUUUGUCUGAAACUCGAAAGAAAAUCAAAUCCAGAAAGAAUAUUAGAUCACAAACAAUGUUUUUUUAUUUUUCUUCUGGUAUGAAACCUUGAUACUGCUAUGAGCAUGUCCCAACAGUAACAUCAUCUAGGCCCCAGAUUUUUUUUUGUUGCCCUUCUUUUUAUAUUUUGCUUUGUGCUUUAUUUAUGAAUCACCAUGUUUUUCUCCCUCACCCUAUCUCUCUCCAAAUGUGGCAUUAUCUUCACAAGUCCUAAUCUUGGGUCACAUCACUGUUUGUAUAUGUCCUCAACUUAUACCUUCGGAACGCCUUUCUAUCAGUUUAUCAUUUUCUUGGUCCACAGUGUGGGCUACACGUA